ACGAUCGCACUCGAUCGUUGGUCAUAUUCGGUUUGUAGCUAUUUUUUGAAUGUUAGUCACGAAGUAAUACGUUGUAUAAUUGACCAAUUUGAUGAUUAAUCAGUCGCAAAAAAUGAAUACGAAAUAAACUCUAACAAACCAGGAUCUACCAAAACAGUUAUCAGCGAUGCACUUUCAUAAACAAACGAAUUAUCAGUACAAUAUGAUGAAUGGUACGAAUCGUAGUGGUAGUGAAUUGAUCGUUGGUUUGACGAAUAGUGUAGUAAGUUGAACACAGUUGCAACUUGAUAAUGUGCGGAGAAAUGACCUGAAGUCCUCGCAUUCUGAUCGCCUAAGCGAGUAUCAGUCAAUCACGGAACGUCGGUUAGAAAGGAAGUGUGUACACGACAUCUUAUUCUAUCGUUAUCAUUGUGUUACUACUAGUGAUAGUGCAUAUGGAAGAUUAGUUUUAUGACUGGAGAUCUAGCUGUUUUGAUAAAGUGAUAUCAUUAUCAUCAUUUAUUUCUUGUUGCUAUACAAAACAUUACUUAAUGAUGCGUUCAAAACUAUCUCUCGAGCAACUGAAUGCGCUUACACCAACCGAGUUCCAUAAAGUGUUUGAAAAUGUAGUAGAAUGUUGGCCAGAAGCAGCGAUCUUCUGCUCGGCCAUGGUGCCAUUCAAGAGUUUCGAAGCUAUGAUCACAAUUUUCGAGAACUAUCUCCAACGGCUCAGUAUCGAAAAUAAGCUUCGGAUUUUGCGCUUACAUCCAGACUUGGCCGGGAAAUUGUUGGACACUCAUCAACUGACAGAAGAAUCCAGUUUGGAACAGGCCAGUGCUGGGUUGGAUAAGCUCACGCCUCAAGAUAAGAAACGACUGACCAUGCUGAACAAAGAGUACAAGGAAAAGUUUGGAUUUCCAUUUGUGGUUUGUGUUCGUGAGGCAUCUAAAUUUGAAGCAAUCCUCGCAGGUGUAACAGAACGAAUCAACAACAAUCCGGAACAAGAGAUUGAAAUUGGUAUCGGAGAAGUGAAAAAGAUUUGUAGAUUAAGAAUUCUAGAGUUAGUCAAUAAAUUAUAAUAAUAAAAAAAAAGUCUAAUGAUGGUUUUUUAAACAA